CGCCGCCGUCGACGCACGCCCCCGACCCGUAGGAGGACGGACUUGUUGCGAAGCCCACCUGUUAACACAUGGAGGCGCCGUGAAUUUAAGCGUCGGCCGCGAUGCCGCGCUGUUACAUGGUGAAGAAAGGCCUUCGAUUCGAUGACCCGCCAAGCAGUCCUCCUGGCUUCCGAGACGAGUCGCCGAUCAGGGCAGACAGCCCGUCAGACAACCUCGUGAUCAUAGAACCAGAAUCAUCAGCAGUCAACUAUGAGGAGAUAGGAAGCACACCCAUUACUGAACGAACUGCUGAAGAGACAGAGGCGGCUCAUGAAUUAUUGUCUCUCGCGCACAGCUUGCCACCUCUGCCGCCAGUCCCACCCCUAACACCAGCAACAACCGUGCCGGCGUUGCCGCAGUUCCCAUCGCUGCCAUCUCUGCCACAGGUGACGCAGCUGCCUCCGCUGCCGUCUCUGUCGUCACUUCCAUCAAUAUCACCACUGUCAUCGCUGUCAGGACUGCCUUCUGUCCCUCUCGUCUCCGUGCUACCACCGAAUGAACCUGUCGUCCCAAUUUACACCUAUACCAUACAUCCUACUAAUAUAUAUAUAAUAGCUGAAGAGUCACGUGACCCCACGUAUAAUAACUCUGUGCCAACAAUAACACCGAUUCCUUGUGGCAUCGAAUAUACAAUUGAACCUCAAUUAAGCUAUCUUGCUUAUCAACAUGUACCGGAGGCGGUCAUGCCAGUGGGUCAUAUAUUGCUCCCUGCAGCCGAAAUAAUACCUAAUAAUAAUCGACCAGAACCAAGCAGAGUCACUGAUGUAGUGGAGCCACCAAGCAGGCUCCCUUGUUUAAUGGAGCCCAAACGUCCAAAAAUCAAACCGAUUAAUGCUCCAAGAGGGAAAAAUGCUAAAUAUGACUGCAAAGAAUGUGGCAAGCGGUACGCUACAUCUUCAAACCUGUCACGCCAUAAGCAAACACAUCGCAGCCUUGAUUCAGUUGCAGCGAAACACUGCGAGGAUUGUGGCAAAGUAUAUGUGUCAAUGCCAGCACUUGCGAUGCACGUUCUGACUCAUAGAAUGGGCCACGUUUGCGGUAUAUGUGGUAAACAAUUCUCAAGACCCUGGCUUUUGCGUGGUCACUUACGUUCCCACACGGGAGAGAAGCCUUAUGACUGUCCAUACGAAGGAUGCCCUAAGGCGUUUGCGGAUCGAUCAAAUUUACGUGCACAUCUGCAGACUCAUACAGGUGACAAAAAAUUUGAAUGCUCAAAGUGCCACAAAACUUUUGCUCUAAAAAGUUACUUGGCCAAGCAUGAGGAAACGGUGUGCUUUCGAGAUGAGAUUGCUUGUGAUCCGGAGUUAAUUCAACCUACAAUACCUGAAACAUCGAGUAUACAGUCUGACAAGCCAUCAGAGCAGCUUAAUACUCCCUCAGUGGGAUUUGAACAGCCUGAGACGUCUCAUAACCAGCUAAACUCUCCCCGUAUUCAGGCUCCGCUUGCAGAUGAAGCUCGAAUAGACUCAGAUUGUAUUCAGCUUGAGACUAGAGAAAUUAGUGAUCAAAUUAUGUAUACUGAUUCUCAGACUGAAGGUAUCCAGGCGGAAACAGCAGUGAGACGGUAUGAGCCUCUACGUCCCAUCGGUAUACGAUCUGAUUUGGAACCUUUGUCACUGGAAUUAGAAGAUCCGCCGCAACCAGCAGUGAUACGUUUUGAUCCGUCUUGCGUUUUGCCCGAGCCAGAAAUUAUACGAUACGAUACGAUGAAUCUGGUGCCUGUGUUCGCGGAAUAAUAAUAUCAGAGCUGAGAAAAAUUGCAACGAAAAUCUUCUCUAUAAACUUCUAUACAUCUGUAUAUGGAAUCCAUAAAAUAUUGGUAAGAAUUAAUUACUCCGACGGCGGCGGCGUAAGAAACAUGAUAAGCAAUAAUUGUGUACCUAAUAAUUAUAUGGCUCUUUCUAAUAAUAAUUUGAAAUGUAUUUUUGUCAAUAAUACAUAAGUCGGCUUGGACGGAUAUAAUUAUGUCAAUUUAUGACAGGAGCCCGCUAUGUUUUAAAGGUAUUGUAAUUAAUUAUACGUAGUAAUUUAAUUAAUGUUACAUGACGCCAGGAGCGUUCAUGUGACGAUUAGAUUAGUAGAUACAGUGAUACGUAGAGACUUAAUGAAACCGUCGAGCUGUGGUACAAAGAGAGCAAUAAAGUAAUGUGAAUAAAAGAAAAGGGUAGGCGCACGAGUAGCGUGCAAUGUGUAGUAAUUAGCGACCCGCUGUGGAAGGACCAAAUUGUUGCCACUUUUGCCACUAUCUCGCUAUUAAUCAUAAAUUGAAUCACUGUCACCUGCGACUACCACCUUUCGACAUGCGAUUCUUUUAACAUGCCUAUAACAAGAAUAUACUGUAAUAUAUUACUUACAUUUUAUAUAUAUUGACACAACGACAUCAAUAUUUUAUUAUACAAAAUAAAAUAACAACCUCCAGUUUGUUUUAUACCAAAGGAAAACAGAGAUCUUUUUUGAGUUAAUCUAAAUAUCAUAAAAUAGUUAUUUGAGAUUAUUCGUCUUUGCUUAGUUAUAAAUCUUAAGCAAAUAGAUUGUAGUCCAUAAUAGAAUAAGUUUACAAAAGUAAUUUGAAAUUAUGAUAAUUGGAUAUAGGUAAGAAUAGUUAUUACACGUUAUUACUUGAAUAAUUUUUUGGAGAUAGUCACAACAAAGUGCAAUUUUGAAAAUAUAUUUUUAUAGCAGCAAGCUAAGAGUGUCUAGUCAGUAUUUGGAAUAUUUAAAAUUGUUAAUAUUAAGAUAGCAGUCAUGAAUUAAAUAGUUAUUAUUGGUUUCUGUUUUAAAGAAAGAAAU